GGGGGGGGGGGGGGGGGGGGGGGCCAACACGGACAUGCACAGAGGCACCCAUUCCCGACACGUAUGGAUGAUACGUGCUGUGUCACUUGGCAUUGCCCCGCACCCCCUCUCCCCCCCUCCCCCAUCGUACUGUCGGUCUAUCGCUUGCUAUACUUAUUUAUUUCAUCGUACUCUAUGAUUGCGUAAGCAGAGACGUUCGACAUGUCGUGCAUGCGUGACAACGCAACCACCUACCUGUAUUUGUGUUAUCUCGCCACUCUCUGCCUGCGUACUCUCCCUCUCCCCCUCCCCCUGCCCAUCCCCAAUGCACUGCCGUCAGGUGGUUUUUGCCCCAGCAGACUCACGUGCGCGUGUGCAUGUUGUCGUGUCGACGGUCGGUGUCUUUUUCUCCAUGAUUUCACCCAUCCUUUCGUAUCACCCCGCCCUAUCUGCCCAUCCAUCCAUACACAAUGACACUGACUGACUGCUUGUCGACCUGCCUGCCUGCCUGCCUGCCUGUCCGCCCACCUACCUACUUGGCUUGACUGACUUCUCUGUCUGUCUGUCUGUCUCGAUUUCGCUUUACAAAGGCCGUGUAGCAGUACAGGGGUAUGGGGAUCACUCACUCACUCACUCACUCACCAAAAGGCAUCACUGAUUCGUGGCGACCUCGUGGCGCACAGGGUGUGGCUCCGUAUCACAUUCUGCCAUCAGGGGCGGACAUGCAGGCCAUAUCGGGGCUUGCCCCAGCUGCAUGUGCGGUCCUGAAUGGAUGGAUCUGACAGGGAGCGCUCACUGGGGUCACGAUUCAUGACGCCUGCGAGCAGUUGCAUUUAUGUGUUUUGCGAACAUGUAUUGACCGCUUCCAUGCAGUGCAAUUGCCUGAUUCGUUUGCCUCCGAAAUACAAUCACCUUCCCCACAUCGGAGGGUACUGGCGUUGUCGGCAAGGCCGCGCCGGCUAGGACGACUUGGCCCCCCGCGCAUGGGCAUGCAUGCGCUUUCUCCCGAGUCCCUAUGCUGCGAUGAGGCUAUCCUCUGCUGCUGUAGGCAUCACCCUUCACGCACAUGCAGUAUACUUCAGCCGGUGUGCAAAGGCGUCCGAGGCCUCACCUCUUCGCCUCAUUUUCACCUCGUGAAGCCAACGAUGACUGACGAGGUGGCGACCAUCGCCGCAAUAAGACUGCGGGAAGGCCCCCAGGCUGCAUUUACGUCUCAAGGUAUUUACCUUGCAGCUGCUGAAAGGAGGCCUCCUCACAUUGUUCUACCAUGUUUCGGCGGGUGAUUCCAGCAGAAACGGCACUGCCCUUCCUCAAACGAGAUCUUUCUGCAGCCAAGUACCUCAAACGAGAUCUUUGGCCUCUCCCGAUGGUUGCCCUCCUGGCUUCCCUCUUCGCCGCUCUCCUGGUCCUCAACUCACUGAUCCUCAACAAACACAGGAUGCAGCACGGCAAAGGCAAACACGUGAAAAUGCAGCCUUCUUAUCCCAGGCCUGAUGCCUCCUCUCAAGCAGCGAGGACGGUGACCAAUUCGCCGGAUUAUGGGCCAGCGGACAGGCGGCCUCCGGGGUAUGGGGACGACAAGAAGGUGUUUUCCCUCGCACCGUCGGGCCUUUGGGCGGGCAAGUGCCGAUACUGCAGGCUCCGAGUGCAUCACUAUUUGCCCUUCAGCCCGUUUGUUGAUUUCCUGAAGCGACAAUUCGACACGGUCAGGUUCGAUGUGGCCGCUUCCUGGAUGCUGCUACCGCCUCUAUGUGCCGCUGCCAAUGAGGAUGCGGUCGCGUUGUGCCGUUCUCUCACCCAUCAUUCUACCUCUAUGUGUGGAAGGACAAUCGUGUCUUUCUUGGCGAAGCCAGAGGGCCAGAAACAGACGAGAACUUUCCCUUGCGGAGCUGCUUUGUUGUGGAGAGGGCCGUCAACGGUCAAGCCGGUUUGUCCUUCCGCAAUCUGUACAAGAAGGACCACUACCUGGUCCAUGCGAAACAGAAGGAGCUGGGCUUUGCAAGUCUUAAUGCGACUGACACGGCCUUUCGCGAGGCCGCUUCCUUCUCUCGCCUGCCUGCACCCCUGCCGCCUUCCCUUCUGGCCAAUGCGUCGCUGGCUCGGGCGCUCAUCACUCCUUCAUCUGGUGCCGACAUGCCGGCACACGUGAGGAUUGUUGCCUUGUACAGCGUCUCGUCGCCUGGGUCCGCCAAUACACACCAGGACAUGCUUCUCCAGCAGUACGUGAGGAGUGCUUUGGCCACGAUGCAGCCCAGAAGGCCUUACGAAGUGCGAACCAAGAUUAUCGAUGUCAGGGGUGAUGGAGCUUUCAGGUGCGCAGAAAGACAGGGAGCGCAAUCUGAUGUUUCCUGUGCUGAUUAGGACGUCUUCAUGGUAUGAUGCCAUCCACGCUCAGGCGACACUGUGGGCGCAGGUCGCUGAGCAACACAUGCAAACAAGCGCAUCCGACAGCAGAGUGGCUGCCGCCAUUGUAAGCCCUCGAACACGCAUCUCCCACUGCCGUGCCCAAUGCGUGUGUUGUGUUCAUGCGCAGGUGGGCUCUGAUAUCGACGUGCAGUUCUUUCCUCGCUGGCAGCGGCACGUGGAAGGCUGUCUCGCUCACAAUGAUGUGUGCUUCCAGCGCGAGAGGCCACUCAACACGGGAUUCUUUGCCAUGAGGUGCACAAACGCGACUCUCGCUUUCUGGCGGGCGGUGAGAGACAUGGUGCUGUCUUAUCCUGGGGGGCGCUUCAACCAGGUACAGGGUCACACAGGAGGCAUGAUGAGCUUUUCUGAUUCUUUUCUCCUCUGCAGUUUGCCAAAGUGGUUGCGUCUUCCCACCCUGACGUCUCCAUUCCAUGGACCACCUUCCCAUACGAAAUCGUACACUCAGGAAAGGUCAGCCAGCGAACAGAAGAGUCGAAACAGAAACCGUCUUUGCUCUCUUUGUGUCUCAGAAGUUCGCCUGGCCGUCGAUGGUUGUGCAUCACGCUGUUGCAGCUGGCCCGCCAGAGAACAAGACAGCUAUCCUGCACGAUGUGCGCAGCACUUACUUCCACACGUGAGCCGAGAGAAGCGGCGUGCAAGCAAGCCUCAUGGCGUCUUUCCUUUAUGCAGGCAAAACUAUCGAGAAAGCGAGCUGCGGAAGCUGCGCCAGUCCCAGCCCUAUGUGCGUCAGGUGGCUGGCAGCAUCUGCGCGUAUGGCCUGGGGCUGACGAAUGGGCACUCUCGCCUUACUGUGAAUGGAAGCAGCUCAUCAAGAUGUCCCACGUUCGACGGCAUGGUCGAAGUCAUUUGAUGGGCCAGUUAAUGGGGCGAGAUCUCGAAAUUCGUGCGUGCGUCUGUGUGUUUGUGUCUGCGUGUUUAUGGGCAGCUCCGUGUCAGCAUAGGCUGUGCGUGGGAUGGAAACACUGAUCAAAACUGAUGAGCGUCCUUGCUGGUCCUUGCUGCGUCUUUGCUGCGCGUGGGUGCGCGUGGAGCACAGCACCUGAGC